AUAUUAAGCAAUUCAGAGACUAAAAACGAAUACACCGGAUGACAAAUAUUUAAGGAUCGAAUCGAUAUACAAUCCCGGAAUCAGCUGUAAAUGUAAAUAGUAAAACAAAGCUUAAAACGAUGUUUGAAAAGGCGUACUCCUACUCCUCACUACUGAUGUUGCUAAUGCAGUCUCGGACAUUCUGAUUGGAGAAAGCCAGUCACAUGAAACUCUUUGCGGAUGACGUUGGCUUAAAGGUUUGUUCGCAGUUUCGGACGGAGAGGAAGUGUCGGGGACAGUGAUGGGUCAGGAAGCUGGCAAGCCAGCCUGGCCCAAACCGGCUGUUGGAUAUCACACAAUAACAGGAAGGAGAUACGGCAGGAGGCAUGCAUACGUUAGCUUCCGUCCAACCUCUGCCAAGCACAGGAACCCAGCCAGUAUGGAGGAUUGGCCAGCUACGGAAAUGGACGGUGUUCACAGAGCGCAUUCCAUACCUUCAAAAGGGAACAUCUCCUCGACGCUUCACACCAGCUUUCCUGUGUCAUCGAGUUCGGUUCGCCCAGAAGUAAAAGCCAAAUCUGGCAAAGAUCCUCCCCACAAGAAACAGUCAACUUCUAGGAAGCCAUCGGAAGCCCUCUCCAUCCAUUACAAGAAACUAAAGUGUGACCAACCUGUAGCCUGUGACCAGGACCAAAAUGUCUUGAAGAAAAGUGCUGAGGCCAGUGCGUGGCCUAUCUCCGAGGACAGUAACCCAUCUAAUUCUAGCGUAUUGAGCUUUGUAAAUAUUGAUGCUUAUGAGCCGGACAGUAGUGGAGGCGAGGAGGAGGAGGGGCAGAGCUCCGACCUGUCUCACGGUCUCCAGAAAAGACUGGAUGACAUGAUCUUUGAGCUGGGCAAGGAGUUUGACUAUCUCAGCGGUUUGCACUCGUAUUUGUAUACAAAAUCGUGUGAAGGGACAGACUGUUCCCUCAGAGACACUGAGUCAGUGAAAGAUUCUAGAACGGAUCCUAAAUCAGAUUCAAACACAGAGGAACCCCCUCCUGAGGGGAAUAUAUCGGAACACAACGCAACAGAUCACAUGGAAAACGGCACCGAGGACCACCAUAUACCAGAUGACCUAGCAGCCGGUGGCUCUCCCAUCGGUCCCAAAGGUCCUGCCGAGCUGGGGAACGACAACCAGAGAGGGACACAGUCGGAGAUGGUGGUAAGGCCCAAAAUUCGUAAGCAGACGAGUGAAACACACCUGGAGAAGAGGAAGAGUUCUCACCGCGAGGAGGUAGACUCUGGCUUAGCCAAGCAGGCCAGCAAGACCAAGUGUGUGUCUGCACCUCCUUUCUUUCUGACGCAAACAGAAAGGCCAAACCAGGAGAUGCUCUUUGAUUUUCCUCAGACUGAAUCGAAUGGGUUUAGCCCUAUAGAGAGGUGGCGUGAACAUGGAGAUGCUGGUAGCAAAAUUCAUUCAGAUGAGGAAGAUGAGAUCUGGGAAGAUCUGGAGGAUUUCAAUGAGACGUGUGCUCCUUUCAUGAAGGCUGAGGAAAGCUCGGAGUGCAGCGAGGGGGAGUGGGCGGCCUCGUGGACGUCGGACUCUGGCCUGGAGACGGAGCGUCAGAAAAGCUGGGAGACUCUGCCCGGCCUGGACGAUCUGCACAUCAGCAACAGCAGCAGUCUGGAGGGCGUACCCGAGCUCAGCCUGCCCCCUGCGGAGCCUCCACCUCUGGAGGAGGGGGAGAUUCCUUGGUUGAUGUACAACGGAGAGGCGGGCAGCAGUAGUGACGAAGACCCUGAUGGCAUGAGUCACUUUGUCCACCCGGGCCUCUUCAUCCUUGACGGCAACAACAACCUGGAGGAUGACUCCAGCAUGAGCGAGGACCUGGACGCUGAGUGGAGGUUGCUAGAUGACUUUGGAGAGGGCUUUGGGAUGGCUCAGGCUAUUUCCUAUGUGGAUCCUCAGCUCCUCACAUACAUGGCUCUUGAAGAGCGCCUUGCCCAAGCUAUGGAGGCGGCUUUAGCCCACCUUGAGUCUCUGUCCAUCGACGUUGAGCAGGCUCACCCUCCUGCUACAGAACAGAUCAUCGAGUGUCUGCCUCAGAUCACCAUAUUGGAGGACCACAGUGGGCAGGAACAGUGCUGUGCCAUCUGCUGUUGUGAGUACGUCAAAGAUGAGAUUGCAACCCAGUUGCCGUGCCACCACAUGUUCCACAAGAUCUGCGUGACUCUCUGGCUCCAGAAGUCUGGGACUUGCCCUGUCUGUCGUCACGUCCUGUUGCCUGUUGUCGCUGAGACCCCUGCACCCACCUCGUUUGUGUCGGAUCAGUACAUCCCUCCGUCCAAUCACAGCGCAGCCGGAACACGGUGAAUCCACAGCCAUAAGAGGCCUCUAACGCUUAAAUUAAAAUGAUUACUUUUUCUGUCACUGCCUCUCCACAAUUUAGCACUUCAUGAAUGAGGUUUAUUUAGUUCUGCACAUGUUAACAAGUUCCAUGUCUGAGAGUGACAGUUCAGGCUUAUUUUCUGAGAAAAUAUUAUCUGUGUAAUCAAGUUUUUGUUGUUUUAAUGAAGGAUAGGAAAUUGCAAUUUGUUUAGCCCAGAUUUUUGUUAACGCAUUUUACAUGCACUUUUUUUUUUUUAUACAGAUGAAAGCACUGCUUAUUAUGCACCUUAUUGUACUCAUUUUCUAAAUCAUUUUGUUUUCCGUGUUCAAUAAAGGCUGUAGUGUGGGCAAGG